AUGGCUUCUCGUCGACACGUACACUUCAACCCCCAAGCUAAGUCUUGGGUAUCUCCUGGCUCUAUAUCGUCCCCAGCAGAUAUAGAUCGGUUCCACAGAGGCCUUCCCAAUUAUGAACCAACCCCUCUCGUGAAGCUGGAGACUCUUGCAAAAGAGCUAGGCGUAGGCGCAGUUUAUGUCAAGGAUGAGACAAGUCGCUUCGGUCUUCCUGCAUUCAAGAUCCUCGGUGCCUCUUGGGGUGCCUUCCGCUCCAUCACAGAGAAGUUGGGAUUACCUCUCGACUCAGACAUUGAGAUUGUUAGAGAAGCAGCCCAGCUACAACAGUUGACGUUGUAUGCAGCAACUGAAGGAAACCAUGGUCGUGCUGUGGCGCGCAUGGGCUCAAUUCUCGGUAUCACGACGGAAAUCCAUGUACCGGCUUCUAUGCAUCACUCUACUGUCAAACUUAUUGAGUCUGAAGGUGCAACCGUUAUUAUAUCGAAAGGUCGGUAUGAGGAUGCCAUGACUGAAGCCAAAUCUGCUUCCGAGAAUGGACGAGGGAUCAUGGUUCAAGACACUGCCUUCGGUGACUACCAUUCUGUUCCUCAGUGGAUUGUUGAUGGUUAUGGAACCAUGAUGCGAGAGGUCGACAACCAAUUGGGCUCAACCAAUGCUGACUUGGUCGUCGCUCCCGUCGGUGUCGGCUCAUUCGCGCAGUCCGUUGUUUCUCACUUCAAGAGGAAGGGUGCAUCUACUUCAAUUGUUACAGUCGAACCCGACACAGCCGCAUGUUUAUGGAAGAGUUUGACAACGGGUGAGUUAACUGAGAUCCCAACGACCACUACUAUCAUGGCCGGCCUCAAUUGCGGCGCACCUUCGACUAUCGCGUGGAAGCUCUUAAAACACGGUGUCGAUGCAAGUUUGACCGUGUCUGACUAUGAGGCAUACCAGUCUGUCCAGUACCUUCAUUCGCAGGGAAUUGAUGCUGGACCUUGUGGUGGUUCGACGUUGGCUGCGCUGAGACGUCUGACGCCUACCGACAAGAGCCAACUUGGACUGAAUGACAAAUCCACGAUUGUUCUUUUCUGCACGGAACGCAGCCGAGAUUAUGAUAUCCCCUACAGCGUUUCGCAUGAUCAUCCCGUGGCGCUCACUCAGACUCUUGUUCGGAUCAACUCAGCAAGUCCUGACUUGGGCUCUUCUCCUGGGCCAGGCGAAACAGCUAUUGCUCGCUACAUAGUGUCUUGGCUCGAGCAUCGUGAUAUAGAGACACACUGGAUUGAGUAUGAAAAAGGUCGCCCUUCUAUUGUUGGUGUCGCUCGCGGCUCAGGCGGUGGAAAGAGUCUCAUGCUCAACGGGCACAUCGAUACUGUAACAUUGAUGGGUUAUACCGACGAUCCGCUCAGCGGGAAGAUUGUUGAUGGGCGACUGUACGGACGCGGCUCUGCCGACAUGAAGUCCGGCGUUGCGGCGGCUAUGGUUGCAUUGGCCAAUGCUAAGAAGCUCGGUCUACGCGGUGACGUGAUCCUCGCUGCUGUUGCUGAUGAGGAAAGCUUGAGCAAGGGUACGGGAGACGUCCUCCGAGCUGGAUGGAGAGCGGAUGCUGCGGUUGUAUCGGAACCAACUGAUCUCGAGAUUAACCAUGCCCAUAAGGGAUACUGUCAUGUCGAGAUCAAGGUAUACGGACUGGCAGCUCAUGGUUCGCGGGCAGAUCUGGGAGUUGAUGCCAUUGUCAACGCCGGUCACUUUCUGGUCGAACUCGGUCGAUACGCGAAGAAGCUGCGGGAUGGUCCUGGUGAUGGGACUCUUGGGACAGGCACUGCCCAUGCAUCAAUCAUCUCGGGCGGCGAAGAGGCGGCAUCGUAUCCUGCAGAAUGCACAAUCAUUGCCGAACGUCGUACUAUCACCGGAGAGAGUGACGAGGUCAUAAAGCAAGAGUUUGACGACAUGAUCGGGAAAGUCACAAAAGAGAUUCCCGACUUCAAAGCAGAGGCGAAAAUCGUCUUUAGUCGACCUCCUCAGCUAACUCCAAUCGAUCAUCCCUUUACCCAGCUCGUCUCUGGCAUUGUGGGUGAAGUGCUCGGAGGGGAGGCCACCGUUGCUGGUGCUUUGUUCUGGACCGAUUGUGCUCUUCUCUCCCAAGAAGGUAUUGUGCCUCUUCUCUGGGGACCUCGAGGUGAAGGGCUGCAUUCUAAGGAAGAAUGGGUAGAUGUCAGUUCGAUUGAGCAAGUUACUGAUGGCUUGACGCGUAUAGCAGCAGAAUUUUGUAAAUAG